GGCUUUGAUCGGGUCAGAAAACCGGCGGGAUUUUCAUAUGAUACCACCACCAAAAAUGUCCCUUCAUCUCAGUAAUCCAAUUCAACUCCAAAUAUUCCCCCGCCGGAAUGGAUUCAGGGCCAAGUCUCAGCCAUCGGCGGCGACGUCGAGCGUCUCCUGCUCCGCCAUUAAUCGCUAUUCCGCCGGAUGUAAAAGGCAGUAUACAAGUGUGAUGAUAGUACCGACGGGCGUAGGCGCCGCCAUUGGUGGAUAUGCGGGUGAUGCUCUGCCAGUUGCUCGCGCUCUCGCCUCCGUCGUCGACUGCCUUAUCGCUCACCCUAACAUACUUAAUGCAGCAAUGCUUUACUGGCCAAUGCACAAUGUGCUUUAUGUUGAAGGCUAUGCACUCGAUCGGUUUGCAGAAGGUUUAUGGGCACUAAAACCUGUUCACCAGAAUCGGAUAGGAUUGGUUCUUGAUGCUGGAAUUGAGGAAGAGCUUCGAAUUCGUCACUUGCAAGUGGCUGAUGCUGCUAGAGCUUCUCUUGGAUUGCCUGUGAUGGAGUAUGUUGUCACAGAGACACCUUUAGUGGUAGAGAAAUGGAUUGAUCCAAAAACUGGGAAAUCAACUGGGCGGAUUCGACACCCUGCUUCACUACUGAGCGCUGUGCAGACAUUAAUAAACCGGUCAAAGGUGAAUGCUGUUGCUGUUGUUGGACGAUUCCCAGAUGAUGACGUUGAAGAGACAGAUAAUUAUCGACAAGGGAUGGGAGUUGAUGCUUUGGCAGGGGUUGAGGCUGUAAUUAGCCAUCUUGUGGUGAAGGAGUUCCAGGUUCCAUGUGCUCAUGCUCCUGCUUUGUCACCUACUCCCUUAUGCAAAUCUCUAUCUCCAAAAUCAGCAGCUGAGGAGUUAGGAUACACAUUCUUACCAUGUGUACUUUCUGGGCUAAGUAAUGCGCCUCAAUACUUGAGCAAGAGUGCUGAAUCAUUGUGGAAGGACUGCAUAUUGGCAAAUGAUGUUGAUAGUGUCAUUCUACCGAUAGAUGCUUGUGGAGGCGAUGGCGCUCUUGCUUUUGCCAGAAGCAACCAAUAUAAGCCACUUAUUAUUGCGGUUGAGGAAAAUGAAACAGUUCUCAGCGAUACUCCGGACUCACUUGGCAUUGAUGUGGUAAAAGUCUCAAAUUAUUGGGAAGCCAUAGGUGUUAUAGCAGCUCACAAGGCAGGAAUUGAUCCCUAUUCCCUACGAAGAAAUGGAAUCAACAACACCAAGUGCCUUUCCACUACGGCUCCUAAUGGUUACCCUAUUUCAAGUGCCCCUCAACGAUUCAAUUGAGGAUACAUUAAAGUCACCAACAAAGCUUGGUUAUUUUUUGUAGCUAUCUUACAGAAAUCAAAGUUUAUUGCUUGGAAGCAUGUGUUU